AUGGCUGCUGCUUCAUCUCUGCGACUCUCACUGCUUCCUUUGCUCAAAAAAACUCCGUACACAAAUACAACAUCCAUUCUUCGGAAUACAAGUUGCCAAUAUUUCCGUUACUGCUCAUCUUCCCCUACUUCCCAAUCACAUUCAUGGCAACCAUUUCGUAAGAAAAAGGUUGUUAUGCGUAUAGCCUAUGUCGGCACCAAUUACCGAGGUCUUCAAAUGCAACGAGAUGAAAAUGCACGCUCAACUGUUGAGAAAGAACUAGAAACAGCGAUAUUCAAAGCUGGUGGCAUCCGCGAAAGUAAUUUAGGGGAUUUAGAAAAAAUCGGAUGGUCAAGAAGUAGCCGAACUGACAAAGGAGUUCACUCUCUUGCAACAAUGAUAUCAUUUAAAAUGGAAAUCCCAGAAAACGCUUGGAAUGGUGACCCUUAUGGCUUUUCCCUCGCAAAUUAUGUUAACUCUUAUCUUCCUUGUGCUAUCAAAGUUAUAAGCGUUUUGCCUUCCCAAAGGAGCUUUGAUCCCAGAAAGGAGUGCAUUUUGCGAAAAUAUUCCUACCUACUCCCUGCUGAAAUUAUUGGUAUUCAAAGCCACUCUAGCAACGAUGAAAUUGAUUACCACCUGUCCGAGUUCAAUGAUAUUCUCAAAGAAUUCGAGGGUGGACAUCCUUUUCAUAAUUAUACAGCUAGGUCCAAAUACAGAAGACAUAUUCCUCGUCGAUCAUCCCAUUUAAAGCGCAGCGAGAGUUUAACAGCCUACAAUUCAGAACAUGAGGAUAGUGAUGAGGAAGAAAAUUCUAAAGUUGACAUGGCACUUACAGAAAACAUAAUCUGUCAAAACCAAAAUUCUUCAGGAACUUUUAAUUCCUGCGAAUCUGUCAUCUGCCCCGAUAAUAACAAUAGAAAUCUGCAUGAUCAAAACUCUAGUUCGGUUGUUCGUGCGAAAUGGUUAUAUGAACCUGAUGAAGCUGACAGAUUAAAUGCUUCACAUUUCAGAAGAGUUUUUAAAUGUUCUUGUGGAAAGCUUGAAAGAUCGCUGGAACAUAAUUACAUAGAGCUCUACAUAGAGGGAGAGUCUUUCAUGUUGCAUCAGAUAAGAAAAAUGGUGGGGACAGCCAUUGCAGUAAAGCGCAAAUUACUUCCAAGAGAUGUUAUAACACUGUCACUGUCGAAGUUCUCACGAAUUAUUCUACCCCUUGCACCGUCGGAAGUUCUAUUAUUAAGAGGAAACAGCUUCUCAAUGAGAACUAAGCCGGGAAAUGUAACAAGACCUGAAAUGCAGACAAUAGUUGAAUCAGACGAAAUAAAUAAGAAUGUUGAUGAUUUUUACAAAUCAGUUAUGGUACCUCAAGUUUCGAAGUUUUUGGACCCUUCAAGAGUUCCUUGGGCGGAAUGGAUUGAGAAAUUGGAUGCUCACACAAGUAUACCAAAUGAUCAGUUGGAUGAGGUCAGGAAGGCAAGGAACUUGUGGAAAGAAAAUUUUGAUAGUGUAGUUAGUGCACAUCUUUGA